AUGAAACCAUCGAGAGCCUGCGAUCAACCCCGAACCACCCACAGAUCUACCAGUGACAGGAUCCCGAAGUGGGGAGCAAAAGAGGUUCCCAGGCCAUUUCUCGUCGUGUGUGUGUGUGCGCGCGCUGUGCUUAUUAACAGUCCUCUCUCCGCGCCGCCUCCGUCCGGGACGGCGCCUUUACUCUCGGGAAAGCGGCCCGCGCGGAACCAAGGCGAGGCGGCUCACUGUUUCCGCGGGAGGCGGCGGGAGAGGAGCCGCGCGGCGCCCGGAAGCGGGAGGCUUCUGCCGGGGAGAGGCUGCGAGAGGGAGACGGAGGCCUCCUGCUUCUCUUUGCUCGUUGCAGCCUCGGCCCUGGCGGAGAAGGAGGAGGAGGAGCCAGAAGGGGCCGCGGAGCGGAGGCAGGCUAGCCGGCAGGCGGCGAGAGGCGGCUCCACGCGUCAGGUGAGGCCGCACGUUUCAAAAGUCAGCCAAGGACCCGCGUUUCCCUCGUGUCCUGCCUUUCCUCCAAAGAGCUUGGGGCGGGUGGGUGCAGGGCCGUAUUUACGUAUAAGCUAAAAAAGUUACAGCUUAGGGCCCCACUCUCUUGGGGGCGACCAAAAAAUUUAAAGGAAACGAAAAAAACCAUGUACAUUUCCAAAAUUUGAGAUAAAAAAGAAAAUAAAUCCUACAUACAGCAACAGUGGCAAAUGGCUUUAGAUACCUAUUAGGUCCACAGAUUACCAUAUAGCAUAUAUUCAACACAAAAACAGCGGCAAUUUGUUGUUGACAGCUGGACAUAUAAAGGGCCCCAUUACUUCCAGUAGCUAUGGGCCUAAUCAAACCUUAAUAAUAAUAAUAAUAAUAAUAAUAAUAAUAAUUUUUUAUUUGUAUCCCGCCCUCCCCGGCCAUGUCCGGGCUCAGAGCGGCUAACAUAAAAUCCAGCCCUGGGUGUCCCCUUUUCUUUCAAAAAAUGAUCUUGGCAUUUUGGAAUAUGCAGAAAUGGGGAAACUUACUGGAAGAAUAAGAAAUCAAGUUAACAUUAUUUUGUUACAAAAUAAUGUUAAAAUGGUUUAUUGAAUAUGUACAGAAAAUUAUAAACAAAUAAAAGCAUUGGCAGGAUUAUUGUAAUCUGCAGUUUUAUACGAGUUUUAUAUUUCAAGAAGAUGAAUGAAGGAGUAAAUUAAGUUUAUUUGGAUAUGCAGAAGAUAUUUAAAACAAAUUUAAGGAACUGCAGAAAGGGGGGGAGGGAGUCAAGUUUUGAAAUGUCAAAAUGAUUGUUAAAAUUAGUGAAAUGUAUAAAUUUGGAAAGUAUAAUUAAUGAAAUGAAAACCACAGAUAAAACAAAAAAUGAUCUUGGCAGCAGCAACGCUGCCAGAUAGGCAGGGCAGACCUGCCGUGUCCGUGACUAUUUCUGCAGAACCUUAAAGACGAGCCGGUUUAUUGUGGUGCAAGCCUUUGUGGACGGCAAUCUGCGUCGUCAUGGAAUCGUGGAGUUGGAAGGGAAGCAUGAGGGUCAUCUAGUCCAGCCCCAGGCAGCAUCGCCCAUGGUCAGGGCAGAUGAAAAUCCCAAUAACAGAUGGAGAGCUACAGGUUGCCCACCCACUGGCAUAGACCAUGUCAAUCAUGUUGGUAUAAAAGCAGCUUUCCUUGUUCCUAGGGUGCAAUGAUCAGAGGUUCAAAAAAUGCAGGGCAGAAAAUCUGCAGAUGGAAUUGCUGCCUGACAAUAAUUUCAGCCUCAUUGCUAGUUGCCACAGGGGCCCAACCGUAACAUACGUUGCAUGUCAGAAAGCUAGGGGAAAUGUGAUGUCUCUAAACAUAAUAAUAAUAAUACAUAAAUAUUUUUUUUGGGGGGGUGAGUGUCAAUAAUUUAACUUUCCAUAAUGUGUGUGUGUUUUAAAGAAAACCAGUAGCCUCCAAGGGAGGAACGUUCUGUUCACAUGCCCUCUCUUGUUGAUACUGAUUUGAAACAAACAAACAAAAUGUUUCCUGUUUCAAGGGAAAGCCACUUGGCACAGGCUCAGACAAAUUUAGAUAUGGUGCCAAAAGGUUCUUUUAUGUAUGUGUAUAUGUAUAUUUCCGAGUCGUUUAGCCUGAACUGCUAGAAUCUUUGAAAAUGAAAGGUGGCAAUCUCUAUUGUGGAGAAGCAUGUUUGUUAACACUAAACUUGAUAGCUAAAUGGAGCCUCAGUGUUUGAGGAACACACACACACACACACACACACACACACACACAGAGGAUUCCAUAUUUUUUAAAUAUUUUUUUAAAAAUUCAAAUCCAGUACAGAUAUAAACUGGGACAAAGAUCCACAGUUAAAAGGCUUGUUGAAAAAAGUCAGGUUUUCAGUAUUGGAGACAAUAGAGACGGCACUUAUCUGACAUGUAAUUGGCAGUUCCAAAGUGUAGAAGUAGCAUCAAGUUAAACUCAGGGAGGCAUUUUUCUCAUCCUUUAAUAUUUCCUGCCAUUAUUUUAUUAACAGGAAAGAAAUAGAUGUUUAGUGUUUAGUGAACGUUGCAACCAUUUCCUUGUCUCAGGUGAUAUUCAUCUUUUAUUUACGGUUUACCACACAGAUGCUCUUCCAUGCUGUUUCUUUGCAUCGAAGUCCCCUGUAA